UAGCCGGGCAGCUGAAAUGUGAGGGGUCACAAUGGGAGGAUAAAUACAAGGGCCAGCAGAGUGGAGGGUUGUCGCAGACGAACGUCCGGAUCUUCUCCCUCCUUUUCUCUUCUCUCAGCUCUCCUCCUAACCUCAAAGAGUCAGGAUGCCUCACGCAUACCCCUUCCUCACUCCUGAGCAGAAGAAGGAGCUCAGUGACAUUGCUCACAAGAUCGUCGCUACCGGCAAGGGUAUCCUCGCCGCAGACGAGUCUACCGGAAGCGUGGCCAAGCGCUUCCAGAGCAUCAAUGCUGAGAACACCGAGGAGAACAGGAGGCUGUACCGCCAGCUCCUCUUCACCGCCGAUGAACGCAUCAAGCCUUGCAUUGGAGGCGUCAUCCUCUUCCACGAGACCAUGUAUCAGAAGACCGACGACGGCAAGGUCUUCACCCAGUAUCUCAAAGAGAGAGACAUGGUGGUUGGCAUCAAGGUCGACAAAGGCGUUGUCCCCCUGGCCGGAACCAACGGCGAGACAACCACCCAGGGUCUUGAUGGACUGUACGAGCGCUGCGCCCAGUACAAGAAGGAUGGUGCUGACUUUGCCAAGUGGCGCUGUGUGCUGAAGAUCACCCCCUCCACUCCCUCCAGACUGGCCAUCGUUGAGAAUGCCAAUGUCCUGGCCCGUUAUGCCAGCAUCUGCCAGAUGCACGGCAUCGUCCCCAUCAUCGAGCCUGAGAUCCUCCCCGAUGGUGACCAUGACCUGAAGCGCUGCCAGUACGUCACUGAGAAGGUCCUGGCUGCCGUCUACAAGGCCCUGUCUGACCACCACGUCUACCUGGAGGGUACACUGCUCAAGCCCAACAUGGUUACCGCCGGACACUCCUGCUCACACAAAUACACCAACCAGGAGAUCGCCAUGUCCACUGUUACUGCCCUGCGUCGCACUGUGCCCCCCGCAGUCCCGGGCAUUACCUUCCUGUCUGGUGGCCAGAGUGAGGAGGAGGCCUCUGUCAAUCUGAACGCCAUGAACCAGUGCCCUCUGCACAGGCCCUGGGCCCUGACCUUCUCUUACGGCCGUGCCCUGCAGGCCUCUGCCCUCAAGGCUUGGUGCGGCAAGAAGGAGAAUGGAAAGGCAUGCCAGGAAGAGUUCAUCAAGAGAGCUCUGGCUAACAACCUGGCCUGCCAGGGUAAAUAUGCUGCCUCUGGAGCCAGUGCUGCCGGCGGAGACUCCCUGUUUGUGGCCAACCACGCUUAUUAAGCAUGGACACCUUCUUCCCAUUAUUAUUACCAUCCUCCACAUGAUAAAGGCCAUGUCUUUGUAGGCAUUGACUAUGAAAAUCCUUUUAAAGACCAGCACUCGUACAGGACAUUGGUAGAAAGCGAAGGAGAAGAGCUUCCAUUUGGGGUACAGCUGCAGCCAGGAGAUUCGGAAAACUGUUCUGCCUCCAUUCCCUUUCGUUUUGUUUUUAAACACCUGUUUUCAGGGGAAGAUUCCCACAUUCUUUUUACACAACUUGUACGAUUUAUUUUGAAGUGCAUAUCAUUAAUACUGGUACCAUGGAAUAAAGAAUUUGCCCUAA